GGCUGCAACCAGGAAACCAAUCAAAAGGGUGAACCAAGGCGAAAGAGAGGGUGAUCUCACGAGAGACAAAGAAGAAGCAGCAAUGUUUCAGACAAUGACAGAAAACAUGUUUCCGCUGUGCUGAGAAAAGAGCAUCAGCUCUGAGAAUGUAGGACUGGACUAGUUGGUAAGCAGAACAUAGUGUUUAACUGGGGGCAAAGUUAUCAGGGUGGUGAGAAGUGAGCAGAGAAGUGAGUGGGAUGGCAAAAGUGUGAACCGUUUUAAAGAUUGUGUCAGAGUCAGACCUUCAUUUCCUUUGUUUUAAGUGUUUUCUUGGUCUCUUCUGUUCAAUUGUUUCCUUUGUGGAAAUGUUUUAAAAAUAGACUUUGUAACAGCCUUUUUCUUUUCUGCCUUUUUCUGAAGAUCUGACACAAGACAGUGGCUUGUGGCGCUCGGCAUCUUCGUAUGAUGCAAAUGUGAAUUUCACAUGUUAUCCAAUGGCUGGAUGAUAUAAUGCUGUUGGACUGUUAUUAUGUGACCCAACAGUGGAAACUGUUUCAGGAGGAUAACAUGUGUUAUUUUGAGAUUAAGCAGAGGACUCACAAACGUCACUUAAGGACAGCAGAUGUAAGUGUGAACAGUCGAAAAUUUGAGCCACUGACAGUAGCUGCUCCCAAUUUCUGCUUAUGAACAAACCCAGAUAUUCAAAAACUGAGCUGUCACACCUCUUGACACAGCAGAAACUUGUGUUUUUUAUCGUCACACCCACACACGUACUCAGACUGACAUUUACAGUAGUUUUUGGUUCACUUCCCUUUCAAACACACAACAUUGAAAUGAUGGCGGCAGCAGGUUUAGGAGUCUCCAAGAGCCCCAAACUGAGCUCCCAGCCUCCUACCGGUGGAGACCGGAGGCUGGUGGAAAAGACCCUCAAAAGACUGGAUAAGCUCCAUGAGCUGUGCGCUAACCCCCGGUUAGGCCUCAGGAACAGUCCCCCUUACCUGCCAGAGAUAAUAUCUGAGACCUCGUCGCUGCUUACGCUGGUUUGGGAGCCCUACCAAGGCACUAAGGCGGGAGGCGGCAAGGUGCCCGGCGAAGACGAGGUCAAGUACUUGAGGGUCCACGUCAAGAACCUGCUGGAUAAGACGGACAGGGCUGUCCUGCUGUUCAAGGAGGGACGGGAGAAAAUAUUUGAGGAGACAUCAAGCUACAGGAGGAAUUUGACCAAACUGUCCUUGCUGUUCAGUCACAUGCUGUGGGAGCUAAAGGCCAUGUUUCCGGAGGGCUGCUUUCAGGGUAGCACCUACAGGGUGACUAAGACAGAAGCGGCUGAGUUUUGGAAGCAUUCGUUCGGCAGCGAGUGCAUAGUGCUGUGGAAUAGGUUUAAAGAGCAGCUGCGAAGUGUGCAUUCAUUUGAGGAGGGGAUGGAGUCCAUGGCUCUGAAAUCAACUGUUGAUCUCACCUGUAAUGAUCACAUCUCGAUCUUUGAGUUUGACAUCUUCACUAGAUUGUUUCAGCCCUGGAAGUCACUUAUAAGGAACUGGAACCAGCUUGCAGUGACGCAUCCAGGCUACAUGGCCUUCCUCACCUAUGACCAGGUUGUAGCUCGUCUGGAACACUACUUGCACAAACCUGGGAGCUACAUCUUUCGUCUGAGCUGCACAAGAAUGGGCCAGUGGGCCAUCGGCCACGUGACCAUGGAAGGCGGCAUCGUCCAGACCAUUCCUCAGAACACACCUCUCUACCAGGCGCUCGUUCAAGGCUUCAAGGAGGGCUGCUACCUGUACCCGGAUGGCCGUGACGUGAACCCCGACCUGACGAGCCUGUUUGAACCUGCCCACAGAGGCAAAGUCAAAGUCACAGAAGAACAGUAUGAGCUUUACUGUGAGAUCGGCAGCACCUUCCAGCUGUGUAAGAUCUGCGCAGAGAGGGAUAAAGACAUUCGAAUCCAACCCUGUGGGCAUUUUCUGUGCCAACCCUGUCUCACCGGCUGGCAGCAGAAGUCCGCUGGCCACACCUGCCCAUACUGCCGCUGCGACAUCAGAGGAACGGAGUCGGUCCUCAUCGAGCCCUACCUGCCGGGCAGUUUGCAGUGGGAGGAGGGGGUUGACGAUGACGGCGAGGAGGACGACCAUGAGGACAUUGAACUGAUGAUAAAGGAAAUGGCUGCCUUGAAGAAGUUCUCAAGCUUGGAGUACCAGUUUCCCAGCUCUCACAUCAGCGCUCCACCUCUGCCCCCUAAAAACAGCACAACCCCACGCUGUCCAUCUCCCCACAGCCAGUAUCACACAUCUGAAACCAGCACGCCGGCCAAACACGCCCACUCUCGCUCUGCUCACGGCAGCCAUGAACCACGCAGGCACAAACAAGAAACAAAAAGGGGCCAGGGGAAGGCUGCAUACAGCGAAGACGAAGACAGCUUUGGCCUGAGAGCGCACAGUCUGUCUCAAAGUGCUGAAUACCUGAGAGAAGCACCGUUUCCUUCCUCUUCUCAGACGGCUGUCUCCAAUGACGUAGCGUGGAUCGGACCCUCCAGCCCGGUCAAAGAGAGAAGAAGACGUAAGGAGGAGGAAAGGAGAGCCGGGCUCAGAAAAGACAAAUAUGGCCUCGGAGAGAUGACGAGAACAAUGUCGUCCUGAGUUACAAACACAAAACUCUUCAACAAGUGAAAUAUAACGAUGGUAUUAAAUAUAUUUGUUCAGGAAAUCAGCCUUCAGUGGACAUAAAAGAAUAGUUUUUGCUCUCGUACUUAACUGUAAAUGACCAUGUGUCUCCUGCACUGCUGAAAAUGAAAGGAGUGGGUGGGACUGAGAGAAAAUGUGCCCACUGUGGCCUCCUGCAGUUCAAUAAUCACACUGCCAUUAUCAUUACGGUGGUAGCUCAGGUACUAAACAGCAUCUCUCACACUGUCCUUUUGAAAAAUUAAAACAAUUACAGAAUCUCUUUUUAAAAGUAGAAAGACUUGACAUGUUACAAUGCAAUACUGUGGACAGAUGAAGUGGCCCAACCACAUUCCUAGAAUUAAUUUAUAAAACUAUAGAAAAUUCUACCUCAUCAGUUAACAUAUUGCAUGAAUUUGUCCUUGUAAAUAUGUCCUGUGAUUCCUGUACUGCUUUAUCGAGCGGUCUUAUAUAUAUAUAUAUCAAACAAAUAAACAUUCCUGAGCUUUAA